CAUUUGAUUGUUCAGUUAUACAUGUAUUUUUAAGCCAAAGAACCCUCGGCCAUCAUUCAAAUGUGUUUAUUAAUCUGCGUCUUAUAGAAUUUCAGCCUGUAAAGAGUGUAAAUAUCGAGCUUGGUUACGUCAGGCCGGCUACUUCACAAUUCUAGUCUAAUUCUAGUUUGGACAUCGACAUGCAUGCCAUUGGGCAUUUUUGCAUCGGGUACCGGUAUAGCUCCCCGGAAUAACUGAGCCGGGUACCGGGCACACAUACGAGGUUAAUGUCCGAUACAAGUAGUAUGACUAUGAGCAUGUUUUGUAUGCACUUGCCCUAAUCUAGAGGUACCAAGUCUCGCGCCGCUCCUUGUGCAUGAGACUCUCACAUUCAGGGUCUGUCUCACGAUCUAACUCGUCUCAUGGCACCCAUUUUUCUCACGCAUCGGGACUUAACAGAAAAAAAAGGAAAAAUAGCAUUAUUCGCUAGAUACUUAGUAUUUAUGUGCACUGGCCGACCGCCUUUGCCCGCGGUCGCGUCUACCCCAGCAUACGAGACAAGCCCGGAGGGAGGCAUCUGGGAGUAAAACUCAUCUAAUGUACGUCAUGACUCGGUGGCCUUUAAUGUUGAUGGUUUUCCUCAAGUGUUGUGUGGGAAGAUAGCUUCACUAUGAGGAUAGUUUUCAUCUCUUUAUUCAUCUUGCUAAUGAUCAAUGACUCUUGGUCAACUUCCCAAGACGACCUUAGACAACAUGUAGUAGUCCAGCGAUCGCUCCCGCCUGAUAACCGAUUGAUCACUGCCUUUGAUUCGCUGCUGUCUGAAGAGAUCAUCUCAUUCCUCAGAAGCUAUGUCAUGGGUCAGGUGCGAUGGGAGGUCAGAGGUCAUGAAUCCGAACACUGCACGUUGGUCACUGAGACUGGACAGACGGACUGCCAGAACUCAGCAGCAUCUAGUAUCCCAUGGACAGGGAGAAUAGAUCCGCUAUGGUUCUCACAGACACGCACCUGGAGAAGGUUGGUCGAAGCCAUCGGCUAUGCUACGAAUGGGAGUAGUCCCACUGUCUACCCAUUUUCCAUUCAGUCUGAAGUGCUUCGGAGAGGAGAUAACAUUGCCCCAAGAGUUGUUGCGUCCUCACCAUAUUCAAGAGAAUAUGCUUUACGCAUCUUCCUCGUGUCGGAAUGGCGAAAGGAUGAUUAUGGAGAUAUGUCCUUCUAUGUGUCGUCAUUACAGAACAGAACAAAAGGAUCGAAGUAUGACAUUGUCUUGACGGUGAGACCACAUCCUGGGCGUGUUGUCUUCUGGGAUGCAUCGAUACCGACCCUCUACCGCCCUCCGUCCAUGGGGUACCUGAAGGAUCUCCUCAGUGUGUCUGUACAGCUCACGACUUCAAAAGAGAAAUUUGAGGCUGCUCGCAAAGACUGGCAGCAAUUGGAAGAACAGAAGGAACAACUGUUGAAGCGGUCAUUUUCCCACCUAUCCGACUCUGUAGAACAGCUUAGUCUUGACAAUCACCUUACAAGACAGUUUACUGAUAGUGAAGGAAGGAAGGUGAAAAUCUAUGAUGGUGUCUUUGAGGGAGUUCACCUUGAGGCACUUCGGUCGUACCUGUUGUCAUACCCAAUAAGCAGUUCUCAAGGCUAUAAUCUGGAGCGGUAUGAGCUGUCUGACAAUGUGGCAUGGCUUAAAAACUUUGAUGCAUUUGAUUUCCAGAAGAGCGGUACUUGGGACGUUCUUUCGCAGGUCGCUACCCAUGCCACUGGAAAGCAGAGGGCAUGGUUUCCUUACGAUGUCUCCCUCAACAUCGUUCGCUCUGGAGAUCACACAAGACUUCAUGAAGACUGCGAGGAAUGGGAGGAUGAAUAUACAAUGGUGGUGUACAUGAACCCUGAUCUUGGGCAAGGUGACUACGGUGAAACCAUCUUCUACAAUGCCAAACCCUUCGAUGCCUACUCUGAAAAGCUUUACGAGGGCAUCAGCCUUCGGGAUUACGAUGCAUUCGCUGCCGUCAAUCCAAGAUUUGGACGCGUGGUCAUUUUCGAUGGACAUAUACCCCACUCGGCAAGGCCCCCUAGCACUGGCUACACCAAGCCAAGAUUCUCAUUUGCCGUUAAACUGGCAGUUAGCAGAAAGACAGCUAUCAUAAAGAAGUUGAGAGAGCAUAUAGAGGAUUUUGGUGUUUCCGAGGACGAUUUACUUGAUGAGAUUGAGGAGGCGACGUUCCACCGACGUGACCUUGAUAGAUCGGAAGAGUGGUUGGAGGACAAGUACAGGGAGCUGAAUCAUCAGUUGAAAAAAGGGAACAGGAGUUAUCUACAGAGAUUGCGUGAAGCAUUGUAGGUUUACUCCCGACUGCCAAAAUUCACAAAGGUAGUUUUGAUUCCAUGGUAUAAAAUCAAGGUUUAUGAUUUUUUUUAUCGACUAGUAGCAGUAGCAGUACUAGCAGAAGUAGUAUUAUUAGUAGUAGCAGUAGAAGU